AUGCGAAACGAGACUGAAUUAGACGUUAUCGAACCCUCGAGCCGGGGUACAUUAGCCCCACUCUAUCAGGAACCCGAUGCCGCAUCUACGGGAUCGAAGUUGGAGAGAAACAUUACUGCUGUGUCAAACGAUGGCAGAAGGAGAGGGAAGUGGCAGGUGGCUGCCAUUCUAACAGCGCUUUUUCUUUCCCUUUUCGUUGCUGCUCUGGACGCGACGAUCAUCGCAACGGCCGCGCCAACCAUCUCUGCCGACCUUCAGUCUUCUGCUGGCUACACAUGGAUUGGCGCCGCCUAUCUUCUUGCCAAUGCAUCCUCGGGACCAAUUUGGGCCAAGUUGUCUGACAUUUGGGGACGGAAGCCGAUUGUCCUAGCAGCUCUGGCAAUCUUUUUCGGGGCUUCCGUGGUCUGUGCUACGGCGAAGACUAUGAUGGCAUUGAUCGUUGGGAGAGCCUUCCAAGGUAUGGCUGGUGGAGGUCUGAUCUUGCUGGUGCACGUUUGCAUCAGUGACUUGUUUAGCAUGAGGGUGCGCGGUCUGAUCAUGGGAUUCACCGAAGGCAUCUGGGCGAUUGCUGGCGGCGUCGGGCCAAUCUUGGGAGGUGCCUUCGCCUCCCUUGUUUCCUGGCGAUGGUGUUUUUACAUCAACCUGCCCGUCUGCGGUAUUGCUGCCAUCCUCAUUAUCCUCUUCCUCGACAUCCGCCACGAGCACACCUCUUUCUUCGAAGGCAUUCGCGCAAUCGACUGGACAGGCAUUGUCACCUUCCUCGCCUUCACUCUCAUGGUCCUCCUGGGGCUCAAUUUCGGUGGUGCCAUUUUCCCUUGGGACUCCGCAAAGGUAAUCGCCCUGCUCGUGGUGGGUAGCCUCAUGAUCUUCGCCUUCGUCUAUAGCGAGACCAAGAUCGCGAAGUACCCUUUGAUACCCAUGGACCUCUUCAAAAACCGCUCCUGCGUCGCCGCCCUCGGCGUCGUCACCUUCCACGGUUUCGUCUUCAUAUCCGCCGAGUACUACUUGCCUCUCUACCUGCAAAGCGUCAUGGAGCUCAACCCCUUGAAGUCCGGACUCCUCCUACUACCCUUCAUCGUUCCCGGCUGCAUUGCCGGCGUUAUCUGCGGCGUAAUCAUCCACCGCACUGGGCAUUUCCGCCCCAUCAUCUGGGUGGGCAGCGUCCUCCUCUGUCUCGGCUUCGGACUCCUCAUUUCCCUCGAUGCGAACGCAGCUAUCGGGCCCUUGGUGGCCUUCCUCGUCGUCGCCGGCCUCGGCUCCGGCGUCCUCUUCGAAGCCCCCCUCAUCGCAGUCCAGUCACAGGUCGAGCAGAAAGACGUCGCGACCGCGACUUCCACCCUCUCCUUCAUCCGCAACAUGUCGCUCACCGUCUCCGUCGUCAUCGGUGGCACCAUCUUUCAAAACUCCAUGGACAACCGCGCGGGGUUCUUGAAGGCUGCUGGGCUGCCGCAGGACGCGCUGGAUAAAUUGGCGGGCGAGAGCGCGAUGGCCAAUGUGCAUCUGCCGAGCACAUUUCAGAAUAAGGCGUGGGAGCAGGCGGCGAAGGAGGCAUUCGCGUAUGCGACGAGGAAUAUGUGGAUUACGUAUGCGGCGUUUGCGGGGCUGGGGGUUGUGGCAAGUGUGUUCGUGGGAAAUGCGCAUUUGAGCAGUGACCAUGUUGAGACUGUCACGGGAUUGAGGAAGGAGAAGGGGGCGGAAGGUGAGAUUGGGGCUGAGCCUGGGCACGUGUAG